GAAGCGGGAGUAAAUUACUUCUACAAGAAGUUAACAUAAACAGCUCUCAGUUAAAACUAUAAAAACACAUUUAAAAUGAAGACUACUGCUUCCGACAAUGAGGAACCUUCCGCUGGCAGUUCGAAUCGACUCACUGCUGCUGAGAUCAAAAGUAUGUGGAAUUUAGGGAAAGUGAUGAAAAAUUUAGGUAGAUCAGACCAAUGUGUGAAAUUCGCUGAAGACCAUCAUCUCAUCAAGCGGUCAAGAUUGUGUAGCGGUCAUCGGUCUCCAAUGACUCUAUCGAAGGGCGGGCAUAGUGUUCUGGGUGCUUUCGAAUGCCACAAAAGGACGUGUCGUGGCAAGAGAAUUUCAAGAGCUAAAGGGACCUGGUUUGAAAAUGCGAAGAUUUCUUUACCACAUAUAUUUUAUCUUAUGUAUUGUUAUGCUCAUCACUGGCCACAAGAAAUGGUGCGAUUGGAGAAUUUCAUAGAAGGGCCGAACUUUUCCACUAGAACAAUUACAGAUUGGUACAACUUUUGCCGUGAAGUAGUUGUUUCCUACCAGAUCGAAAAGCAAGAUGCUGUGGACAAAAUUGGCGGUGUGGGCAAGAAAGUACAAAUUGAUGAAAUCAAAUUUGGCAAACGCAAGCCUAGCAAGCAUAGUAAUGCUAUAGAGGGCCAUUGGCUACUCGGCAUGAUUGCGGAUGAUAGCGAGGACCUCAGGUUGGAAAUAUGCCAGGACAAAGUUCGUUCUGUGAAUGUGUUGUUGCCAUUUAUUAAGAAACACGUUAAGGAAGGUACAAUUAUUCGUGCAGAUUUUUGGGAAGAUGCAGACUGCUUGGCAGAUACUGGUUUUAAAUUCGAAAAAGUGACAUACAAUGAUUCAGACAAACUUCUUAAAGGGACAGAUGGAAAGCAGAUACAAAGGAUCGACGCACAGUGGAGAGUGGUAAAACACUUUUAUUAUAGGGACAAUUUCAACAAUCCAGCUAAUUUCGCCGACAUGAUUGUCGAGUAUUUGUGGCGAAAAUCUAUCACGCGCAAACACGAGGAUCCCUUUGUGAAAUUAAUAGAAGCUAUUCAAUAUUCGUUUGGGCAGUAAUGUUUGGUAGUAGAUCAUUUUCCAAAUGGCCUCAUCUUUUUAAUACGAAUGUAUUUCCAUAUAUAGUCAAAUAUCUGACAUAAGUUAUUAAAAUAAGUUACUUUAAGGUGCGAUCAUUUAAAGAAUUUUUGUAUGAGGAUUCUAAUAAUUUUUCCAUCGUUAUUUUACGAUCAUUUUUCAUUAAAAAUAUUCGUAAUUUUUGGAUUUAAAAUAUUUCGAUCUCAUUUGACUGAAUUUUAUAAUUUUUUAGCAAAGAUAUUUGGACUUAACUUUUAUCGAGCAUAUUUAAUGAAUGAUCAUUAUAAGUGUCUACAGUAGCGAGAAUGUAAAUAGGAAAAAUACGUUUAAGCAACUAGCAAUAUAGCUACCUAUCGAAAAAACAAUUAAUUUAAAAACAAUUUUUUUAAAGACAAGCUUUUAUUACCUUCUAACGUCUAAAUUUGUUGUGGAGUUGUUUCUUUUCAUUUAAUCCUUUCAGUACACUCAUCCAAUUAUUGGACACUCUUUUUUUGUACUUUAAGCUCUUUUCUUAAAAUAAUUGCUUAUCACCGGGUUCUAAACUAAGUUUAAAUUUUCAAGUCAUUAGCUCAUCGGGAAGUUGGUCAAAAAUUAAUUGCAGAAUUCAUAUAAAUCAAAAUUACAAACUUAUAAAAAUCUACGAAUUUUAACAAAUGUCAACAAAGUUUUAAACAUUUUAAAUAGAUAAAAAACUUUUUCUGGGUAUCUGUUUUACACGCCAUUUGCUUGGUUUUUGUUCGAUAACGAGCUACACCUAAAAAAAUAAUAAAUAAUUGAAAGGGAAAUAGCCAUAUAAUACCCUAUUAUAUUUUCGCCACUGUAUGUUUUCGAAUGUAUGUAUGUAUAUAUAGAAGUUUACGAUUAACGAUCGUGUUGAUACGAUUAUAUUACCCACAAAUUUUGAAUUUUUUGGUAAAUGAAAUAUUAAACUGGAAUAAAGGCGCAAAUAUGGUUAUCUUCAUUUAUGAAAACUCGUAA